CAGUGCACCUCAGCCCGGCCAACACCGUCACCUCCAUCCGCUGCACGUCCUCCACCACCCAGAGGCAGACAUGCAGGUGAGCGCGCACGAGUCGCUGGUGUUACUGUGCAUCCUGCUGAGGAGCUGCCAGGCCUCCAGGAACCACGCCACGGAGCUGCUGUUCCCCCCGGAGGGCGCCCCGGAGCCCGGGGGCCAGAGCAACGUGUCCCUGAACCGAGCGCGCACCGGCGGCAGGGGAGAGGGCGGAGAGGCGCAGGAGAGAGACGAUCGAAGCCAAAUCGGAUGCAGAGAGCUGAGAUCCACCAAGUACAUCUCUGACGGCCACUGCACCAGCAUCAACCCCAUCAAGGAGCUGGUGUGUGCCGGUGAGUGCCUCCCGGCUCAGAUGCUUCAGAACUGGAUCGGCGGCGCCGGCGGCAGGAAGUUCUGGGGUCGCCGGAGCAGCGGCAACCAGGACUGGCGGUGUGUGAACGACAAGACCCGCACCCAGCGCAUCCAGCUGCAGUGCCAGGACGGCAGCACGAGAACGUACAAGAUCACCGUGGUCACCUCCUGCAGGUGCAAGAGGUACUCGCGGCAGCACAACGAGUCGGGACACAAGAUCGAGGAGCUGGCGGUGUCGCCGCCGCAGCUCCUGCACAGACACAAGUCCAAGAGCAAGAGGAGGCUGGGGAAGAACCGGCUGAGCGAGAACUGGCACGAGACUGAACCCUGAGAGCCGGCACACACACACACACACACACACACAGACUCUGAAUCCACACACACGUGCAGGAGGAGGUCAUCCAGAGCUCGCCAUUGUGGAUUAUCUUUGACUGGGACUUGCUGUGAAGCUGGUUCCUCACUCCAAGCUCCGAGGGGGCGUGCUAAGGACUUGACCUUAAAGACAAUGUGAACAGACCUGGGGGUGCACAGUCUGCAGAGCUUCCCCGAACCCCUGAGCAAGGCCACAUUGUCCCAUGAUGCAGCCGUGUGCUUGUGUUCCCAUAUAUUCAUUUCAUGCCAACACCAGUAAACGACACCAAACAUCUAAAAAAAACAAUCUUGUGUAAAUACUUGUACAUAUAUCGAAUUCUUACUUGCCUUUUGAAGUAUGGCCAUGUGUAUAAAAUUGUACUAUGUAAGAUUUAUGAUGUAUGAUGUAAUAUAUUUUUCUGUGGCAACAUAUAACAUGAUACAUACGUGACGUCAGUAUGUGGGUGAAGUCGGGAAAAGCUUCUUCAUCGUUCAUUCUUGUAAUAACUUUGAAAUAAAUAACUUUUUAUCACG